GGCAAUUAUAGGACCAAGAUGAGACGGGCUGGAUGUCAGGAGGUCACUGUUAAUGCUGGAAAAAGAAGUAGAAGUAAUCCUGAUAAUGAACCUUCACAUUCCAACAUUAAAAGACCCAAGCGAGCAGAAGUCAACUUCCUACCAAACUUUCCCCAAGGAAAGGAUCCUUCAAGCCUUGACCAGUUGAGGCAAGCAAUUGUUGAAGAAGUCAAGAAGGCUGAGAAGAACCUGCCCCUCAUUAGAAAGUUGAUGCAGACCACAUUUCCCCUGCGCAGACAAACCAUAGUGAUGUCCUGCCCACCAGUGAAGGAGCUCUUGGACCUCUGGCCUGCUCUAAAAAUGGAGUCUGAGUUGUAUGCAGAGUUUGAGCGGAUUACAAAUCAGAACCUGCCCAAUACAUUCUACGCUGAACUUGACCGCCAUCUUCCUCGACUGAUGACCUUAUUCAGACAGAAGGCAUCAAAAACUGGGAAGACAGCAGAUGCCCUGGCUGAAAUUCUAAGAAUUCAGGAUGAACAGGAAAUCCAUGAUAUCCACACCAAGCGCACUACCGUUCUCCACGCCCUUCCUGUCUAUCUGCAUGAGGAUGUCUCUGGAUUUUUGAGAACCUGCACUGACGAAUCUGAUGAGUUGGAGCUUGAUGGUGUUGAAGUGGCCCUCUUCACUGUCAUCAGUGACCAUGACACGACAAAUCCAGUUCACUACCAACCUGUGAAAAUCUCUGUCGUCAUUGAAAGUGAUGCCGUGGUCAGUCUCCCCAGAUUUGGUGAAGCCUUCCUGGUAAUGUUUGGACUGACCUAUGCACUUCACCUCAGCUACCCCAAAGCCCUGACCAACACUUUAGAAUUUACUCAAAAGAUUUUACUUGGUCUAGAAAGUAGUAAACUGUCACCCAGGUUACAGACCCUCAAGAAUGACUUGGUUAUGUAGGAACUCAUCUGAAAGAAGGAUGCAGGGUAAAGCAUUAUAAAAGGCUAGUUCAAAGUUCUCUCCUUUUAUCUAAAUAAUGCCUCAAAACGUUAUUGCAUUACUCUACAGGUGUUCAGCCAAUAGGUCCAAACCAUUGAC